CACUACUCUCUCUCCUCAUUGUUUCUCUCCACUCCUCCCUUUCUAAAUUUACCUCCAUUGACGCCUUUCUCGAGUUAAUUCCCUUAAAUUUCUUCUUAUUUUUUAGCUCAUUAAUUUAUCACUUCACGUUAAUUCAACGAUAUUUGUGAAUUUGAUGGGAUUCGAUUCGAUUCGUUGCCCCUCUGCAUACAAUAAUAAUUCGCCUGAUCCGAUCUUCCUGUUUUCCAUUUUUGAUUUACCGCCGCGCUGCAAGGUCGUGUAAUUUAAUUCCUAAUCCCGCAUUGAUGCAAUGAAAAUGGUUGUAAAUGUUGCAUGUGUGUUGCGCUACGUUCGUAUGCGGCAUUCGCCAAUGGCAUAAAUGUUUGCAACUGUAGACGGUGAUCCGCGGUUGCGUGAAUCGGCGUAGACACAUUCGCGAGUAAUUCGUGUGAAAAUUUGAAUUUGGAGGGGAGCUGCGAAGGGGGUAAUCUGCAAGCAUUUUUCGCCGACUUUUCGGCUCAGGUAGUGGAGAAUUUGUUAUAAAGGGCGGAUCGAUUUCCAAAUGUCGAGGAUAUAUAAUCCUGGAAAGCAGAAACCUGCAUCUCUAUGGCAAAAAAAUAAGGAAUUAUUAAAGUCAACUGGAGAUGCUGGAACGGAUGAUUCAGAGAAGAUGGCAGCGAGGGUUGCUCAAUUGGUCGAACAGCUACAUUCCAAUGCAUCCUCAUAUGAGAGAGAACUCACUACAGCUCGUUUGCUAGGUAUAGCCAAAGCGAGAAAGGAAGGACGAACUCUCAUUGGAUCUCAUGCCCAGACAAUGCCACUGUUGGUAUCUAUUCUUCGAAAUGGUUCUAUACAGGCAAAAGUAAAUGUUGCUGCAACAAUGAGUGCCCUGUGUAAAGAAGAGGAUUUAAGAUUAAAGGUGCUUCUGGGUGGAUGUAUUCCCCAUUUACUCUCAUUAUUGAAGUCUGAUGCAACAGAAGCUAGAAAAGCCGCUGCAGAGGCAUUAUGUGAAGUAUCUUCAGGUGGACUUUCAGAUGAUCAUGUGGGCAUGAAAAUAUUUGUUACGGAGGGUGUGGUGUCGUCCUUAUGGGAGGCAUUGAAUGCAAAGUAUAACCAGGAAAAGGUGGUGGAAGGAUAUAUUACAGGGGCACUGAGAAAUCUUUGUGGGGAUAAAAAUGGGUUCUUGAUGAAAAGUCUUGAUGCUGGGGGAGUGGAUUUGAUUGUCAACCUUCUACAUUCCGAUAAUCCUACUUCUCAGUCCAAUGCUGCCUCUCUCCUAGCACGCUUGGUAUCGGCUUUCCCAGAUAGCAUACCAAAAAUAGUUGAUUCUGGGGUAAUCCAAGUUUUGCUCUGCCUGCUAAGUGAACAGAAAGAUGUUUCAGUAAGAGCCAGUGCUGCUGAAGCAUUAGAGUCCCUUUCUUUAAAAUCAGAGAAUGCUAAGCAAGCUAUUAUUGAUUCACAAGGUAUGCAAAUACUAAUUGGAGGUGUAGUUGCUCCUUCCAAAGAAGGUGUGCAAGGAGAGUGGGGGCAGGCUCUUCAGAAGCACUCAGCAUUUGCUUUAGCAAACAUCUCUGGGGGUAUGUUGGCAUUAAUAAUUCACCUAGCAGAACUUUCUCAUUCACCAAGGUUAGCAGCUCCAGUUCCUGAUAUUCUAGGUUCACUUGCUUAUGUGUUAAUGGUUUUCAAGACGAGUCAUGAUGAACAACCAUUUAAGUUAACCAAGGUCGAAGGUAUUUUAGUUGCGCUUUUGAAGCCUAGAGACAAUAAACUGGUACAGGACCGAAUUCUUGAGGCAAUGGCCAGUCUAUAUGGAAAUCCUCAUCUUUCAGUUGCAAUCAAUCAGUCAGAAGCUAAAAGGGUGCUUGUUGGGAUCAUAACUAUGGCUACUGGUGAUGCUCAAGAAUAUUUAAUUUUGUCGCUAGUACAAUUAUCUACUGAAGAGGUAACUGUGUGGGAGGCCUUGGGAAGGAGAGAAGGAAUUCAGAUACUGAUUUCAGCCCUGGGUUUGUCCGGUGAACAGCACCAAGAGUACGCGGUUGAAAUGCUUGCAAUCCUGACUGAACAAGUGGAUGACAGCAAGUGGGCUAUCACCGCAGCUGGUGGAAUUCCACCACUUGUGCAGUUAGUAGAAUCUGGGUCCCAGAAGGCAAGGGAAGUUGCAACUAAUAUUUUGGCGAACUUGGGCUCUCACAGCGAAGAUGUUCGAGCUUGUGUAGUAAGUUCUGGAGCUAUCCCUGCAUUUGUGUGGCUUUUAAAGCAUGGUGGAGCAAAGGCGCAAGAAGCUGCGGCUGAUGCCCUUAUAAAGCUUGUUCAAGAUGCUGAUUCAGCCACAAUCAACCAAUUGUCAGUUCUGCUCUAUGGGGACCCUCCAAGCUCUAAGGUCCACGUCAUCAAAGUUUUAGGACAUAUACUUGGUGUAGCAUCAUGUGAUGAUCUUGUGGAUCAGGGUGGUGCUGCUAACACAGGUUUGAGAUCACUCGUUCAGAUUCUAAACUCAUCAAAUGAGAAGACACAGGAGUACACAGCAUCUGUUUUGGCAGAUUUAUUCAACCAUAGGCAAGACAUAUGUGAUAGCCUUGCAACAGAUGAGGUUAUUAAUCCAUGCAUGCAGCUUUUAACUAGCAAAACUCAAGGCAUUGCAACUCAGUCAGCUCGAGCAUUGGGUGCUUUAUCUCGACCUACCAAGUCUACAAAUAAGAUGUCUUAUAUGGCAGAUGGUGAUGUUAAGCGCUUAAUCGAGUUAGCCAAAACAUCAUCAGUUGAUUCUGCAGAAACUGCAAUGGCCCCUUUAGCUAAUCUAUUGUCAGAUCCUAAGGUAGCUGCAGGAGCAUUGGCUGAGGAUGUUGUUUCAGCUAUAACAAGAGUCUUAGAAGAAGGAUCAUUAGAGGGUAAGAAGAAUGCUUCAAGAGCUCUUUCCCAAUUAUUGAGGCAUUUUCCAGUUGGGGAUGUACUUACUGGGGGUGGCCAAUGCCGGUUUGCUGUUCUUGCUCUUGUUGAAUCUUUAAAUGCAAUGGAUACGGGUAGCAGUGAUGCUGCUGAUGUGUUAGAGGCUGUUUCACUGUUGUCUCGGAUGAAGCAGGUCCGCAACUCAAGUUACUCACCGUGGUAUGCCCUUUCUGAAGUUCCAUCAGGCUUAGAGCCUCUGGUCCGUUGCUUGUGUGAGGGACAGGUCACAAUGCAAGAUAAAGCAAUAGAAGUUUUGUCUAGACUUUCUGGGGAACAACCAAUUAGGCUAGGUGAUUUAUUGCUCUCAUAUUCUAGAUCAAUUGGUGCAUUGGCCAAUAGAGUAGUCAAAUCGAGAAGUCUAGAAGUGACAGUUGGAGGAACAGCACUGCUAAUAUGUGCCACCAAGUUACAUAGAGCUCGAUCAAUGGAUAUACUCGAUAGAUCUGGAUGUAUGAAAUCUCUAAUUUAUGCAUUAUUAGAUAUGGUCAAGGAAAAUUCUUCUCCCUAUUCUCCUGAGCUCGAAAUUAAAACUUCGAGAACCUAUAGGGAUAGAUCAGCUUUUCGGAAUGGAGAUGAAUAUUAUGUGCCUGAUCCUGGAACUGUAUUGGGAGGUACUGUCGCCUUGUGGUUGCUCUGCUUAAUUUCUUCAUCUCAUCCAGAGAACAAAAGUACUCUGAUGGAAGCUGGGGGACUGGAAAUCCUACUUGACAAGCUUGCAAGACACACUAACAAUGAACUGGCUGAGUUUGAGGACUCAGAGGGAACAUGGAUAGGCACUGCUCUUGCAGCUGUACUAUUCCAGGAUUAUAAAAUCGUCUCAUCUCCAAUGACGAUGCAUUUUGUGCCCUCACUUGCUGCCCUUUUGAAGUCAGACGAAGUGACUGAAAGGUUCUUUGCUGCUCAGGCAUUUGCUAGUAUUGUUUUCCACCGGGACAAAGGAAUAAACCUUGCAAUAGCCAACUCAGGUGCAGUAGCUGGGUUAGUACCCCUAGUUGGGCACUUGGAAUCAGAUAUGCCGAAUCUGAUAGCAUUAUCUGAAGAGUUUUCUUUGGCAAAGAAUCCUGACCUCGUUGUUCUGGAUAAUCUAUUCCAGAUUGAUGAAGUAAGAUCAGGUUCAGUUGCUCGGAAGACCAUUCCAUUGCUUGUUGAUUUGCUGAAACCCAUGCCAGAUAGAUCUGGGGCCCCUCCAUCUGCUGUUCGCCUUUUAAUUCAGAUUGCAGAUGGAAAUGAUACCAAUAAACAACUCAUGGCCGAAGCUGGGGUCCUGGAUGCUUUGACUAAAUACCUAUCUUUGAGCCCUCAAGACUUAGUAGAGGCGACUAUAUCUGAGUUAUUAAGGAUAUUGUUUACUAAUCACGAUCUUAUUCGAUAUGGGGCAGCAAUUAGUUGCAUGAAUCAACUUAUUUCUGUUCUCCAUUUGGGAUCAAGAAACGCUAGAUUAAGUGCUGCUAGAGCCUUAAUAGAACUCUUUUAUGCUGACAAUAUAAGAGAUAAUGAAUUAUCAACACAAGCAAUUCAGCCUUUGGCUGCCAUGCUUGAUGCUCAUUCAGAAAGUGAACAAGAGGCUGCUUUAUGUGCUUUAGUUAAGUUGACUUCAGAUAGCAACACAAAGACAUCUAUGCUGGCUGAAGUGGAAGGAAAUCCUGUUCAUAGCCUUAGCAGUAUCCUCUUCUCUGGUUCUACUUUGAAAUUGAAAUGUGAUGCUGCAGAACUAUGCCGUGUGCUUUUUGGUAAUUCUAAAUUCAGAGAAAUCCGAAUUGCCUCAGAAUGCUCAGAACCCUUGAUAUUGCUGAUGCAGUCUGAAAGUGAAAAGGCAGUAGAGGCUGCUGUUUGUGCUUUUGAGAGACUGUUGGAUGAUGAACGACUACUGGAAAUCAAAUCAAGACAUGAUUUUAUAAGUAUGCUUGUUGCUCUAGUAUCUGGCUCAAAUUAUCGUCUUAUUGAAGCAAGCAUCAGUUCGCUUAUUAAAUUGGGUAAAGACAGAACUCCACGAAAGUUGGAUAUGGUCAAUGCUGGAGUUAUAGAUAAAUGCCUUGAGUUACUCCCAACUGCUUCAAGUUCAUUGUGUGCGCUGAUUGCAGAAAUAUUCCGCAUCUUGACAAACAGUAGCGUCAUUUCAAAAAGCUCAGCAGCCUUAAAAAUUGUGGAACCUCUGUUUACGGUGCUCCUUAGGAAAGAUUUUGGACUGUGGGGGCAUCAUAGUGCACUGCAAGCGCUUGUUAACAUUUUGGAGAAACCACAUAGUCUUUCGGCUUUGAAACUUAGUCCUAGUCAAGUCAUUGAACCUCUAACCUCAUUUCUUGAAUCCCCAUCUCAAGCUAUCCAGCAGCUUGGUGCAGAGUUGCUGUCUCAUCUUCUUGCACAAGAACAUUUUAAGAAAGAUAUAACCACAAGAAACGCAAUUGCUCCUCUUGUCCAUCUUGCUGGACUUGGCAUAUUCAACAUACAAAAAACUGCAAUAAAGGCACUGGAAAGUAUCUCUUUCAGUUGGCCUAAGGCAGUUUACGAUGCAGGUGGUAUAGUUGAAAUUUCCAAAGUCCUUGUUCAAAACAACCCUUUGCCCCCUGUGGAUUUAUGGGAAUCUGCUGCCGUAGUACUCUCGAAUAUUCUUCGGUCUGAUUCUGGAUACUAUCUCCGUGUUCCAGCUGAUGCACUUGUGAAGAUGUUGUACUCGACUGCAGAGAACACAAUUAAGGCUGCACUAAACGCUCUCAUUGUUCAAGAGAAGACAGAUGCCUCGAGUGCUGAACUGAUGGCUGAAGCCGGUGCUAUAGAUGCAUUGUUGGACUUACUAAGGUCACACCGGUGUGAAGAAUUAGCAGCAAGGCUACUAGAAGCGUUAUUCAAUAAUACACGAAUACGGGAAUCAAAGGCUUCUAAAUAUUCAAUCGCACCCCUAUCUCAGUAUUUGCUGGACCCUCAAACAAAAUCACAAACUGGUAAACUUCUCGCAGCUCUUGCACUUGGCGAUCUCUCCCAACAUGAAGGGCUUGCUAGAGCUAGUGUUUCUGUUUCGGCAUGUCGGGCACUAGUAAGCCUGCUUGAAGAUCAGCCAACUGAGGAAAUGAAAAUGGUGGCGGUUUGUGCAUUACAAAACUUUGUUGUGCGGAGCAGAUCCAAUAGAAAAGCCGUUGCUGAAGCUGGUGGUGUUUUGGUGAUUCAAGAACUGGUGAUGUCCCCAGACCCAGAACUUGCCGGACAAGCAUCAAUGCUCAUCAAAUUUCUCUUUUCAAACCACACCCUUCAAGAAUAUGUGUCAACCGAACUUAUAAGGUCAUUGACAGCUGCUUUGGAGAGAGAACUGUGGUCUGCAGCCACUGUCAAUGAAGAGGUGUUGAGAACAAUACUCGUUAUCUUUUCAAAUUUUCAAAAGCUUCAUAUAUCUGAAGCUGCAACACUGUGUAUACCCCAUUUGGUCACAGCACUGAGAUCUGGUAGCGAGACUGCUCAGGAUAUAACGUUGACUACCUUGUGCUUGCUUAAACAUUCAUGGUCAACCAUGCCACUGGACGUGUCAAAGUCACAGGCUAUGGUCGCAGCGGAAGCCAUCCCUAUUUUACAAAAGCUUAUGAAAAGUUGUCCAGCAAGUUUUCCUGAAAGAGUAGAAAGCUUAUUGAGUAGCUUACCCGGUUGCUUAACAGUCACCAUUAUCCGAGCUAACAAUUUGAGACAGGUUUUAGGAGGUACCAAUGCUUUUUGCAGAUUGACUAUAGGCCAUGGCCCUCCUAGGCGUACCAAGGUUGUGAACCAUAGCACCUCACCGGAAUGGAACGAAGCAUUUACAUGGGCCUUUGAUGUGCCUCCUAAGGGGCAAAAGUUGCACAUUGUGUGCAGGAACAAAAGUACGUUUGGAAAGAGUACUCUCGGUAAGAUCACAAUUCAAAUCGACAAAAUCGUGAAUGAAGGAUUACACAGUGGCGUUUUCAACCUCAGCCACCAUGACAAAGACGGAUGUAUGAAGGAAGGGUACAGUGGCCUUUUCGGCCUGGGGGGCGGGGGCAGCAACCAUGACAAAGAUAAAGAUAGCUCCAGCCAUAAAGAGGGGAGCAGUGGCCGUUUACACCUCAGCAACAGCUUCGGCGGCCACAGUGAUAAAGAUAAAGAUAGCUCCAGCCAUAAAGAGGGGCAAGGUGGCUUUUUCGGCCUCGGCCACAGCUUCAGCGGCCAUAGCCGCAGCCACAGCCAGAGUGAUAAAGAUAAAGAUGGCUCCAGCCAUAAAGAUAAAGAUAGCUCCAGCCAUAAAGAAGGGCUCAGUGGCUUUUUCGGCCUCAGCCACAGCUUCAGCGGCUAUAGCAGCCACAGUCGCAACAACAGUGAUAAAGAUAGCUCCAUCCCUAAAGAUAAAGAUAGCUCCAGCCAAAAUGAUAAAGAUAGCUCCAGCCAUAAGGAGGGGCACGGUGGCCUUUUCGGCAUCAGUCACAGCUUCGGCGGCCAUAGCCACAGCCAACAUAAAGAUAAAGAUGAAUCUUCCCAGAAGGAAGGGCAUAGUGGCCUUUUUGGCCUCGGCCAAAGCCACAGCCACCACUAUGAUCGCCAUAAAGAUAAAGAUAAAGAUAAAGAUAGCUCUACCCACAAGGAAAGUUCUGAGCGAACACUUGAAUUCGAGAUAACCUGGUCCCACAGGGUCGAGUAAAAAGUGUGUAUGAGAGAACGAAGCACGACAUAUCCCACCAUUUGAGGUAAUUGUGAUCAAUAUUUUGAAAAGGCCCCCAUAAUCCACUUGAAAAAUGGUGAAAUACAUAAGGCUGGAUUAUCUGUUACACCAAUGUGAAUAUCUACCUAAAAUGUUCUAGUUUUGAAGAGACUGUAUGAAAUAUGUCAGUUUUAGUGGGAAGUGGGAUGAAAGCCAUCCCAUAACCAAGAGUUUGGUUAAGUUGUUGAAUAAUGCAACUUUUUGUAUAGAAAUAUUUAGUGGUUUAGCAGCUGUAAUUGGAAAUGUGCUCCUCUAUUAUGUGGUGAAAAUGAGGUUGCACUUAGUAUUAUGUAUCAGUAACUUAAAUGUAUAUUUAAAUAGCCAUCUGAAAUGCAUUGUUUUGUAAUUUCGUGUUA